AAAAUGAACAACGGUUCGUGGUUACCUGAAGAGGACUUCAAGGGUCUCACGGACAACUUCUUUGAUGAUCUCAUCAAUCACAUCGAUUUCCCUCUGGAGGACAUCGAAACAACGAACGAAGAGGGGGACUGGGGUGCCGAUUUUAAGAACCUCAUACCUCCACCAUCGGAUGUGCUCACAAGUUUGUCCUCUGAGUUCACUCGUGGUGGCACCAAUGGCAAUGGACAGCGUGUGGGAGCCCAGAAGAAGCCUGUGCCCACUCUGAAGCAGGAGUCAGGAAUCUCUUCUACCGUUGAUACCUCCCUCCCUGAUGUCAAAGUCUCAAAGCUGUUUCAGUCCUCAAGCCCAGUCUCAGUUCUCGAGAACGCAGCAGCCAAUGGUUCUGCGGCCUCGUUCCAGAACCAAAACAGAGCUCAGAGACGGGCCUUCCCCGUCAAAGGCAUCCGAAGCAAGCGCAAACGCCCCACAAUCCCCACAUUCAUGUCUCUCCACUCCUUCUUAUCCGAAAUGUUAGAGAAGAAGCUUGCUAUGCUGGAUGAUGAUUCAGGCUCUGAAGACACUUACAACCUCUCUUCCGAAAGUUCCGCCAAGAAGAGACGCAAGAAGACCAACAACAACAGCAACAACUCUCACUGUCCGGAACCGUUCAACGCAGAUGGGACAGUCAGGAAGUGCACUCAUUGCGAGACAACCAAGACCCCACAGUGGAGGGAAGGUCCCGGUGGUCCUAAGACACUCUGCAAUGCUUGUGGAGUUCGGUUCAGAUCAGGCCGUCUUCUUCCGGAGUACCGUCCAGCUUCAAGCCCAACCUUCAUCCCAACGGUGCAUUCAAACUCUCACAGGAAGAUCAUAGAGAUGAGAAGGAAAGAGGAAGAAGGCCAGUUUGUUACCGGAAUGCCCCGUGGCUUUAGAUACCGAGGGUAGACAGAGAGAGAGAGAGAGAGAGAGAGACUUUGUAACUUUAUCAGACCGAAGUGAGUUUGGUCUGUGUGAAAACCAAAACUAUGAGGAUCCCUAGAAUGGGAUUAGCUCUCUGUAAGACUUGUCUUCUUUAAAACUAGGGUUUAGUAUCUGUCUUUUAAACAAAACAAAAAAGAAUCUGAUGCAGAGAGUGUCUUUAGGGUUUGUAGUUGCAAAGUUUUUAGGAUCUUUUAAAAGUGUUUGUUUGAUUUA